GGAAACCUGACGGAUCUCCUCGGUCUCACAGCCGCGUUUGCUUAGAACUCAAUAUCUACUUUUUUUUCUUUUUUUUUUAAGAACACCUAAAAAUAAUCAACAAUGCUAGGUAGCGAAACGUCGGUCAGGCUGAUAAGGAAAAUAGUCAUAAAUCAGAGGCUGCCAGCGAUGAACUUCAGGACCAAAAGAUUUGUCCUAAACUUAGCUGUCGUGAUGCUAGGAAUGAGUCUCCUUCUCUUCAUAUAUUACGGUCACAAGCGGCACGCGAGCAAGCGCUGGGACCAAGAUGCAGUAGCGUUGGGUCCGAGUGAAGGGAACAAGAGAGACCAACGCCAAUCUUCGGUCUUCCUCGAUUACAAGAUCACGGGCAUUCUUCCUCCGCCAGCUGACCCAACCAGAAGCAAGGUCAUUCUCUUCUGGGCCGAGUGGUACAAGGGCGUACCGUGGAAGGAUAGAUUCGGCAUGUACGACCAGCUCGAGAAGGAAGGUUGCCCGGAGUACCGCUGCGAGUUUACCUACAACAGAACCAGACUCAGUGAAGCCGAUGCCAUUCUCUUCAAGUCUGACGACAUCCGGAUGGACAACCUGCCCAGCCUGCGCCUGCCCCACCAGCGCUGGGUGUGGGUGGAGGUGGAGGCGCCCCUAAGCCAGCGCGGGAUCAACGCUAUGAGCAUCGCCGACGACCUCGGAAGUUACAACAUCAACUGGACCAUGUCUUACCACUCGUCCUCGGAAGUCAUUGGGAUGAACGGAUACCUGUACACUCUCAAGUUCCCGAUUCAGCCGCUGCGUCCGAACCUGAUAGCCGACCACCGACCCACCAUGAGCCUGUACCUGCAGGCUCUGGAGUCCAACACGACCCUGGAAGCCAUCAUGGGUCCCAGCUGGAGGAGUUUCGUGACACGGCCCAAGCUAGUGGCCUGGAUGUCCAGUCACUGCCCGACGUCCUCUCGUAGGGAGGACUAUGUGUCGGAACUCCAGAAGUACGUUCACGUGGAAAUCUUCGGGUUCUGCGGGACACUCCGGUGCGGGGACCACACCGAUGCGUUCGGUUCCAUUUGCUGGGAAAGGAGACUCCGGCCGCAGUAUCUGUUUUACCUCACUAUGGAAAACAGCCUCUGUGACGAAUACAUCACCGAGAAGUUAUAUAACCCGCUAAAACAUGGGCUUGUUCCUGUCGUUUAUGGAUUGUCGGACUACCAGAAAUUUAUGCCUCCUCACUCCUACAUAAAUGCUCGCAAUUACCAUCCUCGCGAACUGGGAGACAUUUUGACGGCAUUGCAGCGAGACCCCGUCGCGUAUGGGAGGUACCACGUUUGGCGAGGCUAUUGGAAAGCGAUGUUGCCGGGGAGCAUGUGCGAGCUGUGCCAUCGCCUCCACAACGACUUCCACACCGGCCACCACAUCGACAUCCCGAGGUGGCGAGAGGAGAACGAGAAAUGCUUCGACGCCCCCGUGGAUAUGUUCAAGGACGAGAGCUGGCGGCAGGUGAUUCAGUCCGAGGACCCGCAGGAGGGGGAAAGCAUUAUCCAAGAGGAUCACAUCUUUGCGCUAGCUCUCGUUUGUCUCCUGGGCUCGGCGCUGUUGUUGGUCUUCAGGCAGUGAUGAGGGUUAUUGAGGAGUUUUUUUCUUUCUUUUCCUUUUGCUAGAUGUUACGUGAUGGCAAGAUAGAUCCAUGAAGUUCUUGUCAGUUUGUAUUAUUUUUUUAUUUUUUUUUUUUUGCUUCAAUUUAUUUCUUAAUCUGUCAUUGUACUGUCACAUUCCUUGCUUUUAACUUCUGUGUCGGGCAAUUUCUGUAUUUUCACUGCCUGGUGUGGCAUAUUUUCUGUGCAAAUAUGCUGUAAACAGUAUGAAUAGAAUUAUUUUAAUACAUUAUACAACUCCAGAACUUAUGUUGCUUUCCCUUUAAAUCAAGAAAUGCCCUCUCUCCAUCUAUCAACAUUUAUGCUUCCCAAUACUCCUUUAGUAACAAAACUAAUAAUGGGGAUAUAGAUAUUCAAACUGUACAGUGAUAUAUGGUGUAAUCACGUUUAUUCACAUUUCAUACAUUCAGAUAAUAUAUAUAAAGUGAAAACACUAUGUAUAUAAAUGCAAAUUAUUAUAUUCAGCUUCUUUCAUAUUUAUUCAGAAGCCUCGUUCCUCUUCAGUUAUUAAAAAGCUAACAGGUUCA